AUGGCUCUCAAGCCAGACACUCUGAACACAACUGACCAUAACUCUCCUCCUCGACCGAGUCCCAUCCCCACGCCCGCUAUCACUCCCACUCCCACUCCCACCGACAUCAUCGCCAGCAUCAUCACCAGCAGCGCAACAUCCCCUCCCCCGACAUCUACAGCUACCAGCAGCAGCAGCAGCACUGACAAUGGAGCCGGCUUCAUGCAGGUCGCCGAGGACGGCACGAGCGGGGACAAGCUCCUGCGCGGGUUCCUCGUCGGCAUGGCCAUUGGCAUCCUGGUGAGCCUCGUCAUGUGCUGCUGGCUGCCGUGCUUGCGAAGGGCGAGGCGGACGCGGCUGCAGAGGCGGAACGAUAACAUUAGGAGGAGGAGGCUGGUGGUUCUCGAGGACGAGGCGUGGGCAUACAAUGAUUGGAUGAUACAGGAUGGGAGUUGUGAGGCGUUGGGAAUUGGACAUUGGCAUCUGCCUCUUUGGCUUUAUUUGGAUCGUCUUGGGAAUAUCAAGUCGUCAGCUGUGACGAAGAACAACACGCUGCUGGAUGCUCACGAAUAG